UACCCCGACGCGUUACCACAAAAAAAUACGCACGCCUAUCUAUAUAUAAGAAGAAGUCUGCGUCGAGAUGGACGUAGAAGUUGUCUGCAACGACAAGUCUAAAGAUUAACCACCAUUGUCGCCAUGUUCAAGUUGGUCGCGUUUUUCGCCAUUCUGGCUGCCGCUUUCGCUGCCCCAACACCGGCUCCUAAACCGGGCUUGGCCCCAGCGUACAGCUUGGGCUUGCCACUCGCCUACAGUGCCAUCAACCAGCCCAUAGCCUAUUCCAACCUAGGAUACAGCAAUCUGGGAUACGCGUAUGCUCCGUACGCCUCGAGCUACUACUACAAUUCCGCACCGUUGACUUACAUCAUUUGAAAUGACGACCGCAGUCUAGUGGACCAACACGACUGAGUAGUUUAUAAGAAAAUUUUUUCCAACAAGACUGAAUUUCCGCGGUGAUUGUGAUGACGAAAUUUUGGGAUCUGGGAACAAAAAUUGGGGACUUAAAUAGAUAGUAAAAAUUG